AUGUCAACUCUGCGCAUGAAUCAAAAAUACUACUUCCGUAUUUACAUUCAAGCAAAAAAAAAAAAUAAAAACAAACCAAAAAUGUCGGAAUAUUGGAAGUCGAAUCCAAGAAAAUUUUGUGAUUUUUGUAAAUGUUGGAUCUCAGAUAACAAGCCUAGUAUAGAAUUUCAUGAAAGAGGAAAACGACACAAAGAAAAUGUACAGAACAGAAUCAAUGAGGUUAGAAAAAGUAGUGAGAAGAAAGCAAAAGAAAAAGCAGAAUUUGAUGAUGAUAUUGCUGCCAUGGAAAAGGCCGCCCUGGCAGCAUUUAGAAAAGAUUUAGAGAGUAACCCAGCAUUGGCUGAUCAUUAUAAAGCUAAAGCAAUAGCUGCUAAAGAAGAACAAGAGAAAUUAGAAGCACAGAAAAAUAAAAAGAGAAAAAAUGAAGUUUUAGAAGAGAAGUUUGAGAGACAGGAAACAGUAGAGGACAGUGGGACUUGGUAUGAAGCUAUUUCUCCUGAAGGAUAUCCCUAUUAUUGGAAUUCCCUCACUAAUGAGCCAGUGUGGACAGCACCAGAGAAAUAUAUAUCUCUGGCAGAGCAGGAGAGAUUACAGAAUGGUGAAGUAGAGGAAGAACCAGACCCAGAGGUGACAGGGGCCAGGAAUAUACCUUUACCGGAUGAAGAAGAAGCCCCACCCCCUGUAGAACCAGAACCCACCCCCCAGAUACCACUACCUCCCCGUAAAGAUCCAAAGAGUUCACGCUCAGUAUUUGGUGGCUGGGAGACAGUUUCUGUUACUGAACUCCCCCCUCCCCCAGAAGAUUUGUUGGUAGAGGACAUACCUCUACCUGAACCAGAUAGAGAACAGAAACCUCCAAAACAAAAAUUCAGAGAAAAAACUGUUACUUCUUUAAACUCUAACCCUGGAGAGGUUGUGUCGUUUAAAAAACGGAAAGUGAGAUCAGGUGCUAGGAAUGCUAGACAGAGAGAUACUGAUGACUGA